UGGCUGACUGGCUCAGAUUCUUUCUCCAGGUAACGACUGGUGUGCUGCAGGCUGAAGCUUGUAGCUGUGAAACACACCCUCGCUGUGCGUUCUACCCACAUUCUUCUCAUAAACCAGGUGCAGAGACGUGGUGCCAGCAGCUCAGGUAAGAACGGCUUCCAAACUUGCUUCGUAAUGAGGAAUUAAAACUGCGUAUUGUGCAGAGAAUUAUAAAGCUUAUUUAACAGAAAACUCUGGUUUAAAACAUUUAUAAAGUUAAAAAAUUAACUUUGAGAAACAGUUAUGAAGCAGGUCUUUGCAAAAUCGGCAGCUUUAACAAAUAGGUUUCUAAGACUUUCCAGGAAGCUGUGGGACUGAUUCAAGGCCAGAUUGUUACCAAAAGACUGGAAAUGCUUUGGAAGAAAAUUAGUUUGACAUGCUUUUUUUCUUCAGAAAUGGCAGACAGAGAGUCAUCAGCUGGAAGAGUUCAGCCAGGAGCUGCUCUGUCAGUGCAGCCUGAGCUUCCAGCGCCCUCUGCUGGUAUCACUGCUUUACUGCAUGAAGGGCUCAGCUUCAUUCCUCUGGACUCCAGCAGCGACAGGGCUGUUCAGCCAUUCCCUCCUUCACCAAAACUACAGAGAAGGCUGGCCAGAGAUGUGCAGCCUUCAAAGGAGCAGCUGUCCAGACGGAUGGAGGAGCUGGAGGCUGAGCGAUCCAGGACAGAGGGCCACAUCCAGUCUCUGAAGAAACGCAAAGCUGAUCUGACUAGGACCACUGAGGUAAUGAAGCAGAAGGUUCAGGAACACUUUGAGAACAUGCAGGACAUCCUGAAGCAGGACGAGCAGGCUGUCCUGGACUCUCUGGAACUGGACCUGACCCAAAGACGGACCAGGCUGGACCAGCUUCUGAAGAACUGGGUACAGCAUCAGGACCAGGUCGUUAAGAGCAUCAGCAGCACUCAGAGAGCUCUGAACUGCAAUGAGGAGGAAGAAACAAAGGGUCACUUUGAGGGUCUCAGUUCAAAGAGGCCUGAUGCUUCUGAGUGGGAAAUCAGACUGAAUGAAGAAAGAUUUGAGAAACUUCUAAAGACACUUUCAUCCAUCUCCAAAAACCUGAAGGUCCAGCUGCAAAGGAAGACUUUACUGUUGGACUCCUCCCCCACUGUGAUUGACAGGCAAACUUGCCAUUCACAGAUCAUGGUGACCUCCAAGGGGCAGGGCUUGUUGUUCAGUGGCUCUGCUCGUCCUGGUCCUGAACAUCCUCUCCAGUUUGACAAGGUGUGCUGUGCACUGGGAUCGUCUCCAAUUACUGCAGGUCAGAGGUACUGGGAAGUCGACGUCCGCUGCUGCUCCACCUGGGCAGUGGGCGUGGCCUACGGCAGCCUGGAGAGGAAGGGCCGGGACAAGGGCGCCAAGCUGGGUCGGAACAGGAACUCGUGGUGCGUGGAACUCAAAAACAAGAAUCUGUCUACUUGGCAUAAUGACCGACAGGUGGCGUGUCGGGGAGUUGGGCAGGGUCUGGUGGGGAAGGUGGGGGUGUGGGUGAAUUACGAUAAGGGUCAGCUGACGUUCUAUGAUGCAGACACCAUGGAUGUCCUACAGAGGUUCUCAGCAGCAGUGGCGCCGGUGUUCGACAGGGUUCAUCACCAGUUCACCGAACCUUUAUACCCCGCCAUACGCUUCCUGAGACCAACGGAGAACCAGACCUGGCCAGAGCACCUUAAGUUCACCUACCAGUUCACCUCCGCAUGAUGAUGCAGAUGUACCCCAGACUUCCAGAUCUGCCCCCUCCAGCUUUGUCUGGAGCUUCGAACCUCCGUCUGGAGAACCUUACAACUACUUGGUUUAAAUUGUCCUCUCAUCUCUGGAUAGAUGAUGAACCAAGACACCAGAGAAAUCAACAGUAUGAAACAUACGCCCCCAAAGCAACCCUGAUCUGGUUGUACAAAAUGCUUACAGAUGCAGUCUCUGUUCAGCAGCAGCUUUUCCAACAUCAGUGAGAAGAUCCUGGGGGGGAUUUAGGGUUUAGUGAUUUGUCCAAGGACACAAGGAUGCACUCAGGAUUUAGUUCAAGAAGAACACAACCAGCUGAGCCCCGGCAUUCUCAUCUACACCUUCCAGUCCUAUGCUGAUCCAUAUUUACAGCUCUGCAGUGUCUACAGCUAAACCUGCAGGUCCUUCUUUAAAUGCAUCGCUCCAUGUCUGAAAGCUCUGACAUCUGAAAGAUCCCAACAUUCACGAUCCAGGCUGAAAAGCAGCUCAGCCCUUCAACCUGCAUCUCAAACACCAAGUCCUGGAGCAGAUGAUCCACCCUGGACUGAACAGGCAUUCAGUCUGAGAGAAGACAGGAAGCUUUAUAAAACUCAUUAAGAUGCUUGGAGGAAACCACCUGACAUGUGCUUGCAGCUACUGAGCAGGGAAACGUAUCUGAAACUCGGGUGAAGUUUUAUAGCCUGCAUGAUAUCCAGACAGCAGGAAAAAUGGUACAAGGGAGAAAACUUGCC